AUGUUCAUGACGAUAUUUCUCCUUUUGGCUACUAUAUCGGUUUAUUUUUACUGGAUUUGCGAAAAGCCAAAAAAAUUUCCACCAGGUCCUAAAUGGUUACCGAUAAUUGGCAGCUUUCCAACGCUGUAUAAACUUAAAAAAAAAUGUGGUUACGCGCAUUUGGCAUUCCAGGAGUUGGCCAAGGCCUACGGGCCCGUCGUGGGUUUGAAACUUGGAAAACACAAAUUUGUCGCGAUUUCAACGAAUGAACUGGUUAAAAAGGCCCUCUUGACCGACGAGUUCAACGGCCGUCCGCAAGGCUUCUUUUUUCGUCUACGUUCCUUCGGCAAAGCCAAAGGUGUUUUGUUUACCGAGGGAUCAAUUUGGAGUCAGCAUCGACGCUUUACUUUACGACGUCUCAAAGAGUUCGGCCUAGGUCAAGAUACUAUGGUGCAACAAGUGGAGUUCGAGGCUAGCAAUUUUAUUAAUUUUUUGGGAGAGCAAUCCAAAAAAGGUCCAGUAGCAAUGCAUACAGUUUUCGAUUUACCUGUACUCAAUUCACUUUGGCAAAUGUUUGCUGGACGAAGAUUCGAAUACGACGAUGCUAAAGUUAAAGAAAUCCUUGACGUUGUUCACGACGUCUUUCGGACGAAUGAUACCAUGGGAGGUAUCAUUUCAUUCAUGCCAUUUUUGCGGUUCAUCAUACCCGAACUGUCAGGAUACAAUCAUCUCGUGUCAACACAUGAAAAACUUUGGGGCUUUCUCGAUGAAGAAAUAAAAUUGCACGAAGAAAAUUUACCAACGAGCCAGCCACGCGAUCUCAUCGAUGCCUUUUUAAUGGAAAUACGUGAUCAAACGCAUUCUGCUAAUCGUGAAGAACAAUCUAUUUUUGAUAGAGAAAAUUUGCUGAUAUUGUGUCUGGAUCUGUUUCUUGCUGGCUCGAAAACUACCACUGACAGUCUAUCUUUAAUUUUUGCAUUUCUUGGUCGUAAUGUGAACUAUGUGAAAGAGCUACAAAGCGAGCUUGAUGACGUCUUAGGACGAAAUUGUGCACCUACUUUGGCAGACGUCACUCGAUUACCGAAAAUUGAAUCUUUUCUGGCAGAAGCAGCAAGAUAUCUAAUUAUGGCCCCUAUGGGGGUCCCACACCGAUCAACCAACGAUGUCUUCUUUGAAGGAUAUGAAAUUCCCAAGGACACGAUUAUUUUAAUGAACUUCUACAGUGCGAAUAACGACGAAAAAGUUUGGAAAGAUCCUCAAGAAUUUCGCCCGCAAAGAUUUCUCGACGAAAAUGGCAAAUUGCGCUCCAACAGCGCAUCAAUACCAUUCGGCGUGGGUAAAAGGCGAUGCCUCGGAGAAGUUCUAGCCCGACACACGCUCUUCUUAUUUUUUGCGUCUAUUUUACAUUACUACGACGUGAGUCCGUCACCCGAUCAUCCAUUGCCCGAGCUCCUCGGUUACGAUGGCUUUGUUAUUUCUCCCAAGCCUUAUUAUCUAAAAUUGACGCCUCGUCAAACGAAUUUUUAG